CGCACAAUGAGAUUCCUAUCGAAAGUAAAAGUGAAUCGAUGCCGUGGGUGCGACGCGAACAGACAGACGCACAACAAACGGCAGCAAAGUGCACGGAGCGUUCAAGGACAGCUAUAGCUUAAUGCAUGGAUCAUAUAGUGGAUCAUAUGGUGGAAGCUGUUGCGUUUUAACCGAGGGGAUGGAGACUCUCGAUGCCCGCCAGACAGGUGCCAGGAUGCAGGAUAUGGACAUCAUGGAUCUGCCCCCCUCCCUUACACCUGAGGUUGAAGACUUUCUGCCAGAAUUAGACCUGGAUGGCUUUCUGGAACAUGAGGAUUUUCCUUUUGACUUCAAUGAUGCUCUGUUUGACCUGGACUUUACUGUGGACAUACAGACAGGUGAGGUUGCCAUGCCGACAGCUGUGGCCGAGUCAGGCGACCAGAAACAGAACUGCGAGACACAGAGAGAGCUUGGUGACGGACAGAGGAAGAGGGGAUCGACAGAGGCUGGUGACGGACAGAGGAAGAGAGAGACAGAGCUUGGUGACGGACAGAGGAAGAGGGGAUCGACAGAGGCUGGUGACGAACAGAGGAAGAGGAGAUCGACAGAGCCUGGUGACAGACAGAGGAAGAGAGCGAAGAGGAGAGCGACAGAGCCUGUGGACGGACAGAGGAAGAGAGAGACUCAGACAGACUCUCCCAUCAGAGGCUGUGCUGGCUCUCCUCCCCUCUCGGCCGUGACUCUCUCUCCUCCUCCUCCCAGACUUGUCCAGAUCGCUCCUUCUCUCCUUUACAUUCCUGGGUUUGGGACUGCUACUUUCGUCUCUUCGUGUAGCAAUGGCUCAGAGCUGCAGCUGGUUCAAGCCCCUGUUUUCGGCUUCUCAAGAUCUCCCACCUACAUACUGAUGUCUUCUCCCUCGCUGUCUCCUAGAACCCUCGACGUCCUACCUCUCUCUCCAGUUGACGGUGAGGUAGCUCCAGACUCGAUGUGUUCGUAUCCUCCUGGGUCUCUGUCUGACUGUGCCAGCCAAGCCCUGUCUCCCCCCUCUGCCUCCCCCCUCUCCCCCAGGACAGAGGAGUACAUUCACCAAGCCAAGGCUCACCUGAGGGGAAUGUGCCAGGAGAUGGAGGCGGGCCUUAGCCUGGCGUCCCACUAUGUUGACGUGCGAUUGGUCCAGAGGCAGAUCCUGAUUGGCUCAGGGAAGAACACCAGCAAGUGCCUGGAGAAAGAUUUGGUCGUUAUCGGAGACGCGGAGAGGAGGCGGGGCUCGUUGGCCAGGAGUCAGGUGUUUGAGAGCUCCCCCGGGGCAAAACCCAAACGUUCCAUCGUGUUGCUAGGCAACGCCGGCAUGGGCAAAAGCACGCUCAUCAAGAAGCUCUGCGUUGAUUGGUCCGACGGCCUCCUGCCUCAGUUUGACUUUGUGUUCUUACUGGACGGUAAGGCUCUGACCCUCCCCCCCGAGCCGACCUAUAGCCUACGGUCCCUCCUCCUACACCUCUCCUGCCCCCACCCACGGGAUGUCUUCAAUCAGGUCCUCUCUGUCCCGGAGCGUGUGCUGGUGAUAUUCGAUGGCUUCGAGGUGGUGCGUGACUUGGAGGGGCUGCUUCAGUCUCCAGCGGAUGACAGUAAAGGGGAGAACUACAGCGUUAGACAGCUGUUCUCAGGUCUGCUCCAGAGGAAGCUGCUACCAGGCUGCUCUCUGCUCCUCUCUGCCCGACCACGAGGCACCGUCAGUGGGCUGCUGAGACGGGCUGACAGCCUCCUGGAACUCUCUGGCUUCUCCCCUCCGGACAUCGAGAGAUACCUGGGACAAUACUUCUCUGGACAGUCCCUAGAGGCCCCAACCUCAGUCCCAGCCUCAGACUCAAUCCCAGUCCCAAACUCAGUCCUAGCACCAGUCCCAGACUCAGUCCUAGCCUCAGCCCCAGUCUCAGUCCCAGUCCCAGUCCCAGUCCCAGUCUCAGUCUCAGUCCCAGUCUCAGUCCCAGCCUCAGAGGAGGAAGAGGAAGAGAGAGAGGAGAAGAGGGAGGAGGAAGAGAGAGAGAGGGUGGAGGGAGAGGAAGAGAAAGAGAAAGAGAGAGAGGAAGAGAACAGGUGUGUUCUGUCAGAGUUGAGCGGUCUGGCUUGGCAGGGGGUUAAAGGUCAUUCAUCUCUCCUGACCCUGACUCUGGACAAUACCGUCUGUGUCAAGCUGCGGUUGUUUGGCCUGAGGACUGGACUUGUCCAUUCUCACUGGCUGAGGGGGGAGCAGGGCAGAGAUGGUGACGGUGGCGGCGUGAGUUCCGACAACAUCCUGUCCUGGGCCCACCCUUUCCUGCAAAGCUUUCUGGGCGGGGCCCACCUGUCCGUCUCCAGCUGUGUGUCUGACCGCGCUCUGCUGGCCCAGAUACUACCACAGCCCAGGGGGAGGCGACGGCCUCAGGGAGAGUGUCUGGACCUUGCUCAGAGAUUCGCUGUCGGGCUGCUUUUCCGGAACAAUGCGGAACUCUGGGAUCUGGCCACCCUGGAUACCGGCGCCAUGAAAGUGGUGGCGGCCAAGCGAGCCGCUGUGAUAUCACACCUGGAGAACCUUCACCAUGGCGACCUGAGCCCCGCUCGGCUCCUGGAGGCGUGUCACUGCGUUUACGAGACAGGCGACAUCCACUUGGUCAGGCACCUGGUACGGAACCUUCCCGAGGUUCUGUCGUUCCAAGGGGUUCCGCUGUGCCCCGCCGACGCCUUCGUAGUGUGGAACCUUUUGGACCAGUGUAGAACGCUGAGGAGGAGGUUCUGUCUGGGGCUGGAGGACACAGGACUGAGGAUGACAGGAUUAAAACUACUGACGGGUCUCAACAACAUACACUCAUACAGGGCGUGUAUCGCUGACACCAUCACUCUGUGGGAGGAGCUAGAGCAGAGUGGGGAGGAGGAGCUUCUGAAAGCGGUUGUGUCCAAGUUGACCCUUAACCCUUUCAGAGCCACACAGGUGUCCCACGUCCAACACCUGUCCACACUGGUCAACAUACACACAAGCAGGAGACUGUCUGAGAGCCAAUCAGAUGGUGUCCUGGGGGAGGGUCUUCCUGCAGUCAGAGAUCUCCACAAGCUGGAGUUUGAGUUGGGGCCAGUGAAUGGUCCUCUGGCGCUCCCUAAACUCCUGGAGCUGCUGCCAGCCCUGCACAGUCUACAUCACCUGGAUCUGGAGAACAGUAAACUGGGGGACAGUGGGGCUGAGGGGCUGGCUGGAGCUGUGCUGUCUCUCUCCUCUCUGCAGAUUAUCAAUCUGUCCCAGAACUGUAUAGGAGACCAGGGAAUAGAGAGUCUGGCUCCUGCUCUGUCUACCCUCCCCUCGCUGCACUGUCUCAGUCUGUACAGUAAUGUGAUAUCUGACGGGGGUGCUGAGAGUCUGGCUGCUGUUUUACCUCAGAUGACAUCACUCAGUGACCUGGAUAUCAAGUACAACAGUUUCACGGCCCUGGGAGCUCAGAGUCUGGCUUCCAGUCUGAGGGACUGUCCGUGGAUCAAGAGUCUGGGGAUGUGGAAUGUGUGUAUUCCCUACGGAGUGUUAGAGAGACUGCAACAACAGGACCCACGGAUACAGCUGCUCUAGAACAUCGUUCUAAUGUUGUUCUAACAGAACCCCAGAGGAUACAGCUGCUCUAGAACAUCAUUCUAAUGUUGUUCUAACAGAACCCCAGAGGAUACAGCUGCUCUAGAACAUUGUUCUGUUGUUCUAACAGAACCCCAGAGGUUACAACUGCUCUAGAACAUUGUUCUGUUGUUCUAACAGAACCCCAGAGGAUAGAGCUGCUCAAGAACAUUGUUCUGUUGUACUGUUGUACCUCUGUUCUGUGUUCCUGGACACCACUGUUCUGUGUUCCUGGACACCACUGUUCUGUUCUGUGUUCCUGGACA